CGCCACCAGGAAGGAGCGGGGCUGCCCCCUGCCCGGGACACGGGAUCCGGCCCAAAUCCGUUCCGAGGAGGGGUGGGGGAGCGGAGGAGUAAAGGAAGCCAGAGAGGACCAGGGAACCCUAGUUUAUACGACUCUUCUGUCCCCGCCGGAGCCGGGACUGGGGCGGCAGGGCCCUGCGCUCCCAGAGCCCGGACAGCGCCCAAGCGCCCGCCCCCUCCCCCCUCCCUUGGGGAGGAAGUGGCAGCAGCGCCCCGGCUCCCCCCACCCGCAGCUGGAGCUGCGGCGCCGACGGUGAUUCAUUCACUGAGUGGGGGUGGAGGGGACCCAGCCCGGGGCGGACCGAUCCUGUGCAGCCACAGCCCAGGCUCCAGGGCUCUGCGGGACCAGGACCCGGGGCGCCCCGAGGAGCCAGCGGCCGGGCCGCACCUUCGCUGAGGACCAGGUGGGCCCUGCGGCCGUCAGGAAACCGGCUUCCCCCUGCUCCCAGCCCCGGGCAGGACGGAGAUGGGCCGGUGUUGGAGGGGCCCAGAGAAGGAACGCGGGACUCUGGAGUGACCCGUGUGCGCGCGCAGCCACCGGGGCAGCACCUCACCUGCCAGGGGAAGAGCCAGGUGACAUCUCUCCAGGUGGGGGCCCCCUCUGUCCACGCGCCCCAAGAGCCUCGCCCCAGGUCCAGGGCUCAGGCACACAGAGCCGCGCAGGGCGAUGCUCCGUCCCUUCCUGGAGGUUUUCCUGAGGACUUCCGGGCAGCGAGCGAGGGUGACAGUGAGGAGGCUGCCUGCUCCAGGAGGACAGACGGGCAGGUGAUGGAGAGGGCGGCUCCCCCGCCCCCCAUGCCCAGGAGCCACCACUGAUAGGCGAUCUGGGUCGCUAGCCGCGGACACGGCGGAGCAGCGUGGGCCUCCCCCGCCUGCAUGCAUGUGCGCCUGGGGGCGCGGCGGCCCGGCAGGGACCGGCGUGCAUGGCCCCAGGGGUCUGCGUGUGGCCGGGGGUCCGAAGGGCACAGGCCAUGCGCGCUCUGGCGGGCCUCUGGGUCCUCAGCCUCCUCCUCUGUGGCUACCCGUGCUGGGCCCGAGGCCGAGAGGAGGACCGGGGAGCUGAGCAGGGACCACGGCCCGGCCCCCCCGCCAGCUCCCCGCCGCACCUCAUCUUCAUCCUCGCUGACGACCAGGGCUUUAGGGACGUGGGCUACCACGGCUCGGAGAUCCGGACCCCCACCCUGGACAGGCUUGCCGCCGAAGGGGUGAAACUCGAGAACUACUAUGUCCAGCCUAUCUGCACACCGUCCAGGAGUCAGCUUAUUACCGGAAAGUACCAGAUACACACCGGACUGCAGCACUCGGUCAUCCGGCCCACGCAGCCCAGCUGCCUGCCCCUGGACAACGCCAGCCUGCCCCAGAAGCUGAAGGAGCUGGGCUACUCCACACACAUGGUGGGCAAGUGGCACCUGGGGUUCUACCGGCGCGAGUGCAUGCCCACCAGGAGGGGCUUCGACACCUUCUUCGGCUCCCUGCUGGGCAGCGGCGACUACUACACGCACUACAAGUGCGACGGCCCCGGCGUGUGCGGCUACGACCUGUACGAGAACGACCGCGCGGCCUGGGGCCACGACCGGGGCGAGUACUCCACGCACAUGUACACGCGCAGGGCGCAGCAGAUCCUGGCCUCCCAGGACCCCCGGAAGCCGCUGUUCCUGUACCUGGCCUUCCAGGCGGUCCACUCGCCGCUGCAGGCCCCCGGCCGGUACCUGGAGCGCUACCGGUCCAUCGCCAACGUGCACAGGCGCCGGUACGCCGCCAUGCUGUCCUGCCUGGACGAGGCGGUCCGCAACGUGACCUUGGCCCUGAAGGCGCAUGGCUUCUACGACAACAGCGUCCUCAUCUACUCCUCGGACAACGGCGGCCAGCCCGCUGCCGGGGGCAACAACUGGCCGCUGCGGGGCAGCAAAGGGACCUACUGGGAGGGGGGCGUCCGGGCCGUGGGCUUCGUGCACAGCCCCCUCCUGAAGAACCGGGGCACCGUGUGCAGGGAGCUGGUGCACAUCACCGACUGGUACCCCACGCUGGUCGCGCUGGCCGAGGGGCAGGUGGACGAGGACGCCCGCCUGGACGGCUACGACGUCUGGGAGGCGCUCAGCGAGGGCCUGCGCUCGCCCCGGGAGGACAUCCUGCACAACAUCGACCCCGUGUACACGCGGGCGCCGCACGGCUCCUGGGCGGCGGGCUACGGCAUCUGGGACACGGCCGUGCAGUCGGCCAUCCGGGUGCGGCACUGGAAGCUGCUCACGGGCAACCCCGGCUACGGCGACUGGGUCCCCCCUCAGGCCUUCAGCAACCUGGGCCCCACCCGGUGGCACAGCGAACGGGUCACCCUGUCCGCCGGCCAGAGCGUAUGGCUCUUCAACAUCACGGCCGACCCCUACGAGAGGGUGGACCUGUCCGGCAGGUACCCCGGCGUCGUGCGGCAGCUGCUCCGCCGGCUGUCCCGGUUCAACAAGACCGCGGUGCCCGUCAGGUACCCGCCCGGGGACCCCAGGAGCAACCCCCAGCUCAACGGGGGCGUCUGGGGGCCCUGGUACAAAGAGGAAGGCAAGACACAGAGGCCGCGCAAACACAAGGCCCCGGGCCAGCAGAAGAAGAGGAAGAUGAAGAGCAGACCGCAGGCCGCAGGGGCGGGCCCCCCGUGCGGUCGGGGGGCUCCCCGGGGGUGACGCCGGCAUCCUGCUGCUGCUCCCCGCGAUCAGUCCUCGGGCCGUCACCCGUUUGCCACCCAGACAGCAAACGUGGCUCCACACGGCCACGGCCACGGCUCCCGUGGGCCACCCGGCCGCCCUCCGGGGAGGUCUGCCUCCCUCGCGCCUUCAGAGCAGGCACCACGGCCACCCUGGGCUCAGCCUCACUCGGGGCGCCCGUGGGGGGCCGAGCGCCCAGGGCCCCUCGCCUGCCCGCGGUGGCCGUGCUCGCGGGACAGCAGUGACGGGCAGCCGGAUGGAAAACUGCCUUUGAGGACAGUCGAAGUGGACCCACCUUACGACCACCCCGAGAACCACGUGUUCCCGCGAACACUGUGUGUGCCCACCGCUCCCCCCCCCCGUGGCCUCUGCCCUCCAGAGCACCGGCGUGUUCUCCCGUGGAGCAGCCUGCCCGUCACGCAGGAGGGACAGCCGUGAGAACGUCCCCACGCGGCCGAAGCACCAGUGUCCCUGUCUGCUGAACACCUCCCUGGACGACAAUUCGGCACAAACCACGUAAUUUAUUUUUACAGAAAAUACACUAGUUACUCUGUUUUUAUAAAAUGCUAUACAAGUGAUUUUAAUUAUUUCUGUUUUCUACAUACCAUUAGAAGAAUUUCAUUUCAUAUCUUCAAGAUCACCAAGCACUGUGAUACUGUAGGUUACUGCUACACUGUGUGAAUUCAUAGAAUAUAAAAGGAAAAUUAUGCAGGAAAAAUGGUAAUUAUCAUGGUUCAAUUAUUAUUUUGAAUGUAGUGAGAUGAAUGUAUUCCAUACAAAUUACUGGGGAAUUCUGUAUUUGAACAGUGUUGAGAGACACCUUUAUUGUUUCUAUCAUAAACAUCUUAUUUAUGUAUCUUAAUUGUUAAAAUGAUUUAUUUUAUGGCACCAGCAAAUUCACUGUGGCUCUUCUGAUCUAACUUCGAGAUAAUAUAUUAUUCAUCUUAACAAAUAAAAAUCUUUAAAAUAGGCAA